AUGAAAGGAAGCAACCAUCAUGCUCAAUCCUAGCAAUACUUGUCAGAGGAACCAGUAGAUAAGAAUUUAAUGUGCGCAAAAUGCCAUAACACACCUGAUGAUUUAUUGAUACUCACUUAUCCAGCCUCAGCUACUGAACUCUUGAGCAUGUAUCCUAAUGAGGAAUUAGACCCUAAGAAUGCAAGAAAAAGCAAGUAAUAGCCUCCUUAUAUGAAUGAUCAUCAUCAUCUUAAUAACCCUUAAAUGGAUGUGCCAGUUGGAAAUCCAUUAAGAGGUUCUCAUAACUUUUACACUCACAAUCCUUCUUCAUCAUAUAAUAAUGAGGCACAUGAUUCAAUGCGUAGAAAUUUAAGGCCAGAGAGGGAGCCCUGUAGAGAGCAUCCAGAUGAAGAAGUUAAUUACUUUUGUUUUGAUUGUAUCUGCCCUCCAAUAUGUUCUGAAUGUGUAGUUCAUGGUGCUCAUAGAGGACAUAAUGUGGCCACUGUUAGAAAAGCUUAUCCACAAGUAAUGGCUAAGGUAGAGGAACUGGGUCUCCAACUUAAUUCUAAAAUUGAUGAACUUCAUUUGCAAUCCCAAAGACUUGAAUCAAGAAAAAGAGAAGUUAUAGAUUAAACUAACGCGAUUAAAUAAUAAAUGGCGAAUGCAUUUGAAGAGCUGAGAUAACGAUUAGAUAAAAAAGAACGAGAAAUGAUGAUAAAUGCUGACUAAUUUAUGGAAAGAAAUCUAUAAGAAGUUGAUUCCUAUGUGAGGCUCCUUAAUGGAAGAUGUAUCAACCUGAAUUCAACAGUAGAUCUUAUUAAACAUGCUAGUAAAUCCAAUGAUGAUGUGGGUUUAAUGAAUUAUUAUGCACUUAAUCAUCAGAAGAUUUAGUAAUCUGCUCUAGAAACUGAUCUUCAGUAGCUCAAAGAGAUUCCUAAGCAAGUUAAUCUCAAGUGUGAUAUAGAUACCACUUCUUUAAAUAGAUUUGUUGAAGAUUUAGAAGGACUUUAACUAUCAAUAGCAGCUCUCGAUGGAGAAAUCAUUGAUGAUGGAACUACAGUUGGUAAUGCUCCAUAGCCAAAUAAGAGCAAACCAUAGCAAUUCAAAAAGCCAAGCCAAGCAUCCUACUAAACAGAUAAAUACUAAUAAUAAUAGAACUAAUCAAUGAGGCAAUAGCAAUAAACGCAAUAGUAGCCAGUUCAAAGUGUAUUUGAUCUUGCUUAUAGGCAGAAAAAUCCAUUCUAACAAUCAACAGUUGCCUAAACAAUGAAUAAACUAGCUGAGCAAAAGUAUGGCCACGGUUUUGCAGGAGUAAAUAAUAAUAACUUAUACUCUUAAUAAAAGUACAAUCAAUAAACUCCUCCUCAAUAGGACAACUACUACUGA